UGGACAGAGGCAAUUAUUGGGCUCAAACCCAUAGUUUCCCCACAACCACAAGUUACAGGCCCAACUAUACAUGUGGCUAUAAAUAAAACUUCCCCUGGAAGACAAAAGAAACCUAUUUCAAAUUCGCGCGUUCCAAUUACCCUGAAGCGAUCAACCCCAAAACACCAUGAAGGCUAUCGAUCAGGAAGUAAAAUCUGGUUCGAGCUUUGAUUGUGGAUCAGUGAAUAGAAAACCUGGGCCCAAUGAUGACACAUUAGCUGCUUCUUCUAAGAAACAAGCAGUUUCCAAUACUGAUAUAUUCGAGGAGGAAGUCAAAUCUGGUUCAGCUGCUAAGAGAAAGGUAGAGCCUGAUGACGCAUCUUUAGUUGCUUCCGUUGCUAAGAAACCAGCAACCUACGUAGAAACCUCCGAUGCUGAUGCUACCAUUGGACAUAAUGUUGAGGAUGAGGAGGAGGUUGAUAUGGAUAUUCACAAUGAAUCCUUUAUUGAGUUUCGGUAUAUUUGUACUCUUGGUAGGAAGGAUGAGGUUAUGGAAGCUGAGCUUGCUAAACGUUUUGUUCCUGGAUCAAAAGAAUUGAACAAAGCACUUAAAAUGGCCCGUGAACGGAUACUCCCAGGCUGGAAGGGUGGGAAUGGGUAUUCUGAUGAGUUUAAUUCCAGGGAGGUGUGUGUGAAGGCUGCAUUUCUCCGAGAUGGUAGUCCUUUGCUUGCAUUCAUGCUUUGAGUGAAAAUUAUCACUUCCGUUUGGGUUUUUUAUGCAAUCAGAUCUGUUCUUGUGCAAUACUUUUAGACCAACCUAG